AUGCCAGCUAACCUUGGCUACAUGUCUGCAAUGUUGUACAACCAAAACAACUGCGCAUCAGAAUCCUCUCCUGUCACAAGUAAAUACGAAAUGGAGGUGGGCAAAGACCUGUGUGUCAUGGUGGGGUAUGACAGGGACAGAUGUAUGGGACAUCUCACCGCUGGGGGGUCUGUAGCCAACAUUGAAGCAAUUUGGGCGGGAAGAAAUGUGAAGUACUUUCCACUGGGACUACAAGAAGCUUUGCUGAAGGACAAAAGACUUUCUGGUGCCAAAAGUUACAAGGUACGUUUCCCUGUUUUACUUACGUUCUGGUUUAUUUAUCCAUGCACUUUACCUUUUGCAUUGUUUAGGCAUAAUGUGGACGGAUAGAUUUGGUAGACUAUAUAUAUAUAAGAAAAUACCAUUUUCAGUUUGGCCAGACGUUGCAAAUGAACAUUACUUACCGUGGAGAGUGUUAAGAAGGCACAAAGACCAGAAAGAAGAAAACUAAUGGAGUUUCUGCUUUAAAUAACUCUCAUAUGCCAAGUAAACAUCUGCGAUGAAAUUAACUGGAUUGAGUACACAUGGUGUAAAGAUAUUGCAUCGUUUAAAUCACAACCACUUACACUGUAUAACUUAGGUUCUUUUCACUGGAAACCAUUCAUAUUUUUUUUGUUUGAUUUUUUUAUUAUUAUUGAUUUGCUCAACAUUGUAUGUAAGGUUACAAUAUUUUGAUAGUGCUUAAGAAAUAAUUACAAUAUUGAACAGGAAGUCUCAGAAACCUUUCUGGUCUUAUCGAGGAGACUCCCUGUCAGUUUUCAUCAAUUUCAUUUGAUUAUGAUGACAUAGACGAUUUUGGCUAGUAAAUAAGGUUUUACAUCAUCAAUACUAUAUAUGUGCGUACAUCGAAUAUAUAAAUAAAAUAUUACAAAUGUGGCAUCACUGUUUCAUUCUACCUCUUCACUCAUCAGAUGAAUAUUCUCAAAAAGUUUAAAAGAAUAACUUGACCGACCAUCUCUUAUGUCAUCCGUCAAGCUAUUAUAAAUUAUAUCUAACCCCUUGUUUGCAACAGUAAAUUAUCGUACAUUUGUUUUACCCAAGGGCUUAUGUAGACGUUUGUAUAAACGAGUGUUAUGAUCAUGGAUUUCAUUAUUUUUCUUAAAAUUAAAAAUUGGUUAACGCUCCAGGAAGUUGAUUUUGUGAGGACUGAUAUUUUAGACAUUCAACAACAAAUUUAUUCAUCUGUUAAAUAUUGAGAAUAUUAAAUUGUUGAAAUAAAGAUUUCGACAAAUGAUUAUACUUUUUUAAAAAACAGCAUGAUCCCGACUAGUUUUUUUCUGCAGCUUAAAAAUCUUGUCUAGAUUCCCUCGACUCUCAAAGUUUGUCUCGCUUCAGACAGAGAAACAUCGAGAUCUUUUUGUUAUAAUAUUAUAAUUAUUAUUUCCUGGCAAAGAGAAGCUAAGAGAAUUAACCAUGUCCCUGUUCGUGAACAGUCAGUGAGUGUUUAGUGACGGAUCCAUAUAUUUUUCUAACUUUAUUUUUCUCCGGUCAGGUUUUAUUGCCUCAAAGAGGAAAAGAAGAAGAAUUAAUCAGCGCUUCACAGUGGGAACUCCUUAACCUUGAUGUCGACACUAUCUUACAAAUGCCUUCAGAUGUACAAGCUUUCGCAAGCCUCGAACAUCAUGAAUUUAUGGAAAUAAUGUCGAAGUACCUUUAUGAGUCCAUUGGAACGCAGGAGUUUGUAAGGCGACAUAUGCUAACACAAAGUCCAUGCAUUGUUGUUCCAAGCACAUUACACAUUUCCUUGACGAAAGCAGCCACAAUCCUUGGACUUGGUCGAGAGAGCCUUGUUUCUGUAGCAGUUGACGAAAACUCGCGGAUGGAUCCUAUUGGUUUGUAACAGUUUCUGUCUAGAACCCCCCCCCACACACACACACACACACACACACACACACACAUACAUACAUACACAAUUUUUUUUUUUUCUUUUUUUUUUUCAACAAUCAACAACAAAAAACCAGAAAACGGAAACAGAACAAAUAACUGUAGGGUGUAUUUAGUUAACAUUAACAAAAUGCGUAUGAACCAACUUGUGAGUUAUAUAUGGAAGUGAAUUACAAUUACUUACUCUUUGCUUGUAAUCGAUCAUCACAGUUGUUUUUCAUUGAAAGAUAACAUUUACUUUUAUGGAAUUUUAGAUUUGAACCGCAUUCUACAAGAAAAAUUGGAUAAGGAAAUUCCAGUCAUAACGGUAGUAGCUGUCACAGGAACAACAGAGCAAGGCGCCGUUGAUCCAGUGACUGCAGUUGUCUAUUCGCGCGAAAAGUUUAGAAUGAAGGUAAGGAUAACUUGAAGUAUAUCUGACUUCAUAUCUGAAAUUUCUUACACUGUCAAAACCAUUGUACUCAUCAUCAUCAUCAUCAUCAUCAUCAUCAUCAUCAUCAUGAUAAUCAUCAUUUCUUUCUUCAUCGUGAUCACUAAGAUCAUCAAUCGUUUUCGGCGAUGUAUUAAUUAUAUAGAUCCUUUUUACCUGGCACCACUUUCCUAAACUAUUUAUGCCAUAAAUUAGGUAUUACUUUGAAGAAUUGUCUAUUUUAAAAACCCUUGUCUUUAUUUAUAUGAAGGGUCUGAACUUCAGCAUUCACGCGGAUGCAGCCUGGGGAGGAUAUUUCUGUAGUAUGCUGCGCGCGCAGCCGGAGAGCAGUCCUAUGCCGACAGCCAAACAAACAGGAUUUGUUCCAGAAAUGUACCUGAGUUCCUACGUCCACGAACAGUUAUCAGCUCUCCACCAUUGUGAUACAAUCACUGUUGAUCCCCACAAAUCUGGCUUCUGUCCUUAUCCUGGUGGUGCAAUCUGUUAUAGAGACAGAAAGAGGAAUUCAUUUCUGUCAAUCACCAGUAAGGCGCUCUUUUUGCAUGGGAACAUGCUUCUUAAUAAUGUUGGUAUCGAAGGAUCCAAACCUGGGGCAGCUGCUGUAGGGGUCAUGAUGGCAAACAGGGUAACCAUUUAUGAAUCUUUUUCUUUUAGUAAUGUAUUAAAAAAUAGUCUUUAUAAGACAGCCCAAUUAUUACGACUAUUUUUCGACAAAACACCAAGUUAUUUUUCUGGCUCAUGUGUGAUAUCAUCAUAAAAAAAUAACCAUAGAAUUUGAAUCAAUCUCUUCUGGAAACAAGUGAGCUUGAUGCUUAUAGCACAUUUGUUAUUCUAUGCGUAGGGUGAAAGAAACAAAGGUUUUCGGUUUCAGAAAUACUCAGAUAUGCGUAUUCUAAGUAAGCUCGAAAUUUGUCAAUAUGGAUGCGAAAACCUCAAUAUGUGUGGCGAAGCCUUUUUCUAACCCUCAGGUCUGGUUGUUCCCCUGGAAACGGAAACAGUAAACAAUUCGAAAAUUUAUCAAAGUCCAUUAAAGCGUAAUUUUUGUACUACAGAAUUUAUGUUUAAAAGAGAGAUUAGUCAACUAUUGUUCUUGCCAGUUGCUUAUAGGAUGAAUAAAGCUUACUUAGUGUUCUUCAAUAUCGUUUUCCUCCUUUCGUAGGUCAUUGGUCUUCACAAACACGGUUAUGGUCGUAUCCUGGCUGAGUGCAUGUUCAACGCAAAGAUUCUGUACUGUCAGUGGGCAACGCUGGCCAAAGAAGACGACAUUUUUGUCAUCAAAACGACGAUUCCUCUACCCAGUUUGACUAACUGGUCAGAGGAGGAUCAUAUUACCUUCAUCAGAGAACGAAUUCUCGCAAAAGCAACGAAGAAAUUGCUCGGGUAA